UGCAUCGAUCUUAAUUUCUCUCUUCAUCAUCUCGCUAUAUACGUGCAAUGGCGGUGGCGCAGGUGAGCAGGACGGCCGUGGUGGCGCUGGUCCUCGUCGCCGUGGUGGUGGCGGCGGCGUACGUGCCGGCGGCGACCGCGUACGGCUGCUUCGACGACUGCUACGAGCGCUGCGCCAACGGGAAGACGGACGACGCCUGCAACUCCAUGUGCAAGCAGGCUUGCAGCGGCGCCGGCGGCGGCCCCGCCGAGGCGCCCGACGAGGCUUGAUCGCCGACGACGAGCGCCGCCGCGCCGCCGUCCAUCGAUCUCCAUAUCCGCCCGUAGCCGCCGGCUAUAUAUACACUCGAUUAUUUGUUUGUUUGUUGUUAAUUCAAGUUUGAUUGAUUUAACCGUCGAGUAUCUAAAUUAGUUUGUUUUGUUUGUUUAAUUUAUGCAAGCUGGUGUACUCUCUCAGCGAUUUGUAAUUCUUGUGUGAUAAUUAAGUGAAUUUGUUCCCUUGUUUCUUCUUUGAUUAAUUAA